CUCUCUCUCUCUCUCUCAAAAUAUUAGAAACACACCAGAACAUUGCCUAGGCCAGCUUUUUUCUUUUUUUUUUUUUUUUUUUUUUUUUCCCAUUGCUUCCCUAGUCUUUCACAGCCUGUCAAGCCUGAAUUAUUAACAUCAAGGUUAUGAUUUUUUUAGUGAGAGGGUUGCUUUAUGUUCUCUCAAAGUAGAGAGACUGCAGGUUUUGGUCUGCCAUGAGAUUUGCUGGUAUAGAGGUGUCAACGAGCCCUUUUCCAACUUCAUCACUGUUUCACUGCUUAGAUUCUUCCGUCCAUGCUUCGAAAAAAUGAAUCAUGGGUUCUCACUAGGGAAUUAUAAGCUAGUUAUUCUUUUGGUUCCAGUUUAUUAAGAAAACCAACUUAUGGGUGAAAGCAGUGGCAUGAGGGAGGAAGAUGCUCAAUGAGACUCUCAGGAGAGAAUCAGUGCUAUCUGGCCGCCAUUUUAUGUCAAAGGCAUGGGGACUAAAAUUGAAUACACCAUCAAUCUCUUAGCAGCCUCAACAAAUAGCGGCAGCUUUACAGUUCGUUGUGUGGAUUACUGGGAUAGUUUGCGGAAUAGUCGAUUGAUCAAGGGGAACUGCUCCCGGACCGGACUGGACAACUUUGAGGAUUCCAUGGACAAGAAGCUUGAAAAGCAGCACAGCAUAGAACCCAUCAAAAGGACAAUGCAGAUGCACGAAGAUGUCUUUAAACACCAGGUAAGUGAACUUCACAGGCUCUAUAGAGUGCAAAAGAUGCUAAUGGAAGAGCUGAAAAAAGAACCCGAGCAAAACAGACAUCGGAGUUCCACGACUAACUCAGAUAUAGAUCACUCUCACUUCAUUAACCCCUGCCAUCCAACGACACAAACCACUUGUGGAUUGAACUUCAGUCUUCAGAGAUUGAGAGAGGAUCCAAGCUCAAGGGAGCGGAGUGGCAGUUGCUCUGGAGAGACUGUGAGAAUGCCAAGGGGUUUUGAUCUUGAAAGGCCUGCCGAGGAAGACAUCUCAACAGGAAUCAGUGCCAUUGAUGAAGACCAAGCAGGGCCAAGCUCCCAGAGGCCCAACAGAAUUGACAAGAUGAGCAUUGACGGGUCUGAUGAAGAUUGCGAAGUGGAGCUGACAUUAAGCAUUGGUGGUAUCUUGAGCACGAAGACUUCGAAAUCGAACAAACCUGAAAUAGGAUUUAGGCAGUCAUCCCAUAAGAAAGUUAGGCACCUUGAUUCAUCUGCCUCUUUUAAAUCUGAUCGAGCAGAGGAUUGCAGUGACCCCACCACCCCCAUGAGCAGCUCCAGUGCGACAUUCGAUCAGGAAAGAGAACGGCCACAUUGGCUUUUCCAAGGUUUAAAGCUUAAAUAGGACACGUACUGGGAAGUUGUUUGUGUUUAUCCUUCCAACUCUACAUGGACCACUGGAUUUACACAGUCCGCGCAUUUAGAUUCUUCAAUUAGUUGUCACCUUACUUGAAUAAAUGGCAUUAACACACCUAGUUGUGGGGUGUACAUCGUUGUAAAUAGGUCACUCCCAAGCUUGCCCCCUGGCUUGUCUUGUCUGAUAGUUCAAUGGGGUGUCUGCAUUGUGAGCAAUUUGAUGUCUUUACGCAGCCGUCUAAAUUCGGAAACAAAGAACUUUGUACUUUCAUGAGCAGAUGGGGAAGUGAAUGCAAUGAAAAAGAUGGUAUAAAUGAAAA